AUGCCGCCCAAAGCUCCAGCUAAAGCCAUCAAGAAGGCGAUGAAGUCGCAGAAGUCGACGAAGAGUGGUGACAAGAAACGUCGGAUGCACCGCAAGGAGUCGUAUGCUAGCUACAUUUACAAAGUCCUGAAGCAGGUUCAUCCCGACACCGGCAUCAGCAGCAAGGCGAUGUCGAUCAUGAACAGCUUUGUGAACGAUGUAUUUGAACGCAUUGCCAGUGAAGCUUCUCGUCUUGCCCAAUACAACAAGAGAAGCACGAUCAGCAGCCGAGAGAUUCAGACCGCUGUUCGACUUCUGUUGCCGGGUGAGCUGUCGAAGCACGCUGUCAGUGAGGGCACGAAAGCCGUCACGAAGUACACCAGUGCGAAGUAA